CUAACAGAGCUGCCAGCUAUUGUUCCAGGACAGUCCCAGCCCGCGGCGCGGACUUCCCACUGGACCACCCUGGGUCACCCUGAGCACGGACUUGAGACCCAAGUCCCAGAUCUGUGGGCUUUCGCAAUGCGUCCCGCCCCUCACGCCCCACCCCCUAAAGUCCCCGCUUCCUCCAGUCCCUAACCAGUCCUUAAAACUCCGGAGUAGAGGGAUGGCGCAUCGCCUUUGGGGUGCGUUGCAGACACCUCUGCGACGCCAGCUUGAAAGCCGCCUGCGGGCUGGGAUUUAACUCCAUUUUAUCAACGCCCAACCCCCACUCAUCUCAACCGCAACUCCAACUCCGUGAGAAAGCCCUGACUUUGCGGAGCCCCAGGUGCAGUGGCGCUCAGCAAACUUGAGACACUUUUUUUCCCCUAUCCUCCAUCUUAAUCUAAGUUUAGGUUCUGACUGAGCCAAGAAUAGGUGCUAAAGCAGCGGUCCUCAGGUGUCUAGGCCUCCAGGUCCCUGGGGACUCUCAGGUUGAAGUCUUGCAAAGUCUGGGCAGAGGCUCCACAGCUUCUCUCAGACUCCGCUGCUCUACACCGCUGGAAACCACGCUUCAUAGCAGCAUGGCCACGAGCCUUAGUGCAGACAGUCCGCAGCAGCUGAGCUCGCUGUCUACCCAGCAGACCACUCUUCUGCUACUCCUUUCCGUCCUGGCCGCCGUGCACUUAGGCCAGUGGCUGUUGCGACAGUGGCGACGGAAACCGUGGUCCUCGCCCCCAGGUCCCUUUCCUUGGCCACUGAUCGGAAACGCAGCGGCUGUUGGCCAGGCGUCGCACUUGUACUUCGCUCGCCUUGCGAGGCGCUAUGGCGACGUUUUCCAGAUCCGUUUGGGCAGCUGUCCCGUGGUGGUGCUGAAUGGCGAGAGUGCCAUCCAUCAGGCCCUGGUGCAGCAGGGCAGCAUCUUCGCGGACCGGCCGCCCUUCGCCUCUUUCCGGGUGGUGUCUGGUGGCCGCAGUCUGGCGUUCGGCCACUACUCUGAGCGCUGGAAGGCGCAGCGACGCGCGGCCUAUAGCACGAUGCGUGCCUUCUCCACGCGCCACCCGCGCAGCCGCGGUCUCCUCGAGGGCCACGCGCUGGCAGAGGCUCGAGAGUUGGUGGCAGUGCUGGUGCGGCGCUGCGCGGGCGGCGCCUUCCUCGAUCCGACGCAGCCGAUCAUUGUGGCUGUGGCCAAUGUCAUGAGCGCUGUGUGCUUCGGCUGUCGGUACAACCACGACGAUGCCGAGUUCCUGGAGCUGCUCAGCCACAAUGAGGAGUUCGGGCGCACGGUGGGUGCGGGCAGCCUGGUGGACGUGCUGCCCUGGCUGCGGCUGUUUCCCAACCCCGUGCGCACCACUUUCCGCGAGUUCGAGCAGCUCAACCGCAACUUCAGCAACUUCGUUCUGGACAAGUUCCUGAGGCAUCGAGAAAGCCUGGUGCCCGGGGCUGCUCCUCGAGACAUGACAGACGCCUUCAUUCUCUCUGCCGAAAAGAAGGCAUCCGGGGGUCCUGGCGACGAUCCCUCCCGGCUGGACCUGGAGGAUCUGCCUGCCACUAUUACGGACAUCUUCGGAGCCAGCCAGGACACUCUUUCCACCGCGCUGCUGUGGCUGCUCAUUCUCUUUACCAGAUACCCGGAUGUGCAGGCCCGCGUGCAGGCCGAGUUGGACCAGGUUGUGGGGAGGGACCGCCUGCCCUGCAUCAAGGACCAGCCCAACCUGCCAUAUGUCAUGGCUUUUCUUUACGAAUCAAUGCGAUUCUCCAGCUUUUUGCCUGUCACCAUUCCGCAUGCCACCACCGCCAACACCUUUGUUUUAGGCUACUACAUCCCCAAGAAUACAGUCAUUUUCGUUAACCAAUGGUCUGUGAAUCAUGACCCAGCCAAGUGGCCUAACCCAGAGGACUUUGAUCCAGCCCGCUUCCUGGACAAGGAUGGCUUCAUUAACAAGGCACUAGCCAGCAGCGUGAUGAUAUUUUCAGUGGGCAAACGGCGGUGCAUCGGCGAGGAGCUGUCUAAGAUGCUUCUGUUUCUCUUCAUCUCCAUCCUCGCCCACCAGUGCAAUUUUGAGGCGAACCAAAAUGAGCCCUCGAACAUGAGUUUCAGUUACGGCCUGACCAUUAAGCCCAAGUCGUUUAAAAUCCAUGUGUCUCUUAGAGAGUCCAUGGAGCUCCUUGAUAAUGCUGUUCAAAAGCUGCAAGCCGAAGAAGCUUGCCAGUGAGCCGCAGCCUCAGUUCUCAAAAGUGAGCAGAAACCAAGUGUCCCGAAGGUGAGGCACGCUGUCCAGUCCAUGGCUCCUCCUGGGCCCGUGCUGGAGUUCCUGGAAGUAUUUUGGAAUUCAAAAGCAAAAAGGGCCCAAGGAAUUUGGAUUUUUUCAAUUAAACAUAUGCAUACAUAUUAUUAGCAUGUGUGCAUAACUAACAAGGUAUUUCAUCACUCUGCCCUUUUGGGUAGAUUUGAGAGGUAACUUCUAUUACAGAAAUUAGCCCCACAGGAAAUAGCAGUAAGCAAAGGCUUAGGAUAUACUCAUGAUUCAAUUACAAGUGAUUUCAGUGUAAAAUGUAAAGACCAGAAAUUCCUCUACCAAGAGUCAACUUGCUUAGAAAAAUGCUUCAACUCCUUUGUGGGUCUGCAUGAGGUUUUCUUUCUGCCUGUGUGAUGUCCCUCUCACUGUAGAAUGGACCAUAAAGUCAGUUGCUCCCCCAAAAUAACUGCAGUAGGUUUUAGAGAUUAGCGAAUUUAAAGGUAAAUUGUUUAGAUAGCAAAAGAUUUUUAUAAGUUAAAGCUGUAUCUCAUUUGGUUGUUCAGAUGAAGUAUUCCAGUUAUAAGGGAGAAAAAGUUUUGCCAGGCCAGCUUAAGCUUUCAUUUUGGGGAUGUAAUAAACUGGUCUCAGUACUAAGCCUGUUAAACUUACAAAAAGCCUCAAGUCACCAAAUAGUAUUCAAUGCAUAUAAAAUUUCACAUAAUUAUUCAUAAACAUCAUAUGAAUAUUAGCUAUUCGACCAGGAAAACAUUUGAAUAAUGUAUUUCUUAUGUCAUAUUGCAAACCAAAAAGUAUAAUCAGUUGAAUGAAAUUUGCCCAAAUCCAGGAAAUGAGCUUACUAAGUCGGUCUGUUUUGACAUCAGGGAACCAAGUAACAGAAAGAUCUUUUCUUAUUUAUAGUUCAUACAAGGAACAAAUCUCAAAACUAAGCCAGCAAAAUAUGUUCUGAUCUGUAAUUGUAGUUACAACACAGAUGCUUCUUUUGGAAUUGACCCCAUUAAUAUGUUAUGAUACCAAAGUCUCAGCUUGCUUCGAUUUUAAAUUAGUUUAAAAAUCCAUCUUGAUUAUUUUGUUUCCGUUGAAGCUAGAGAAAAUAUGGUCAUUACCCCACAGAAGGUGAGACACCUAAUCUCUGCCUAAGGAUCAAUGCCAAAUGGAAAAAUAAAUAAGUAAACAAACAAACAAACAAACACAGGCCAUGAAUGUUCUGGGUGUUCAUAUUAGAGAUCAUAUGAUAGGAAACUUGCUACAACCAGUAGUUGGUAGUUUCUUUUUAUGUGUUUUUACUAUUGUUGUUGUAGUUGUUUUUUAAGUUGAGUAUUAAGGUCUGUGGGUUUUUUUUUUUUUAAGUCAGAAUCUGAAGAUUGUCUUGGGAGGUUGUUUAGCAACUGCUUCUUGGAAGUGCAGAGGCGGUUAAAAUUGGCUCUUUUAUUUAGGAUGGCAACACUAUGGGCAGUUACUUCCUGGAGGCUGAGAGAGGAGAAAUGUGUGCAUUUGGAUGAUGUAAACGAUCCAAAAGCCCUUUAAGAAAGGUUGGAUGAGUGGAAAAGUGGGGACGGGGCCUGUGGGAGUUUCCCAUUUCUGUUUUUGUUGCAAUUAGCCGGAACACAAGAAGCCCACAGCACUCAGUAAGCCCGCUUAGUGUUGGCUCUGUUUUGUUGGGCUUCUUGGAAUUUUCAUAUCGCCAUUACAAAGGAAGGAGUGUGUGAUGCUCUUUGUGUGUAGAGGCCAGAAGCUGCCAGACAGAGAAAGCUUAAGCAGAGGAGAGAUAUCUAAACGGUCCCCAUUCACUCCAAAUUAGUUUCCUGAACUAUAAAAUUUGAGGCAUGAAUGCUUAGAAAAAACAGAGUUUUGAGGGGCAGGCCUUACAUUCAAUCGUCUCCUAAGAGUGGCUAGAGCCCUGGACCUCACUCCCUCUCUCUCCCAUUCACAUCUGCUUUGUAGUUGGAAGUUGUAUUAUUAAAAAUGUAAUGCAAUCCUUAUUUAAAUUUCUCACAACGGAACCCCUUGAAUGUGAAACACAGGUUGUGUCAGUAUUUAAAAGGCCUUAUUUUCAACUAUAAAAAUUUAUGCAAUAAUUUUUAAGUUUUUCAGUCAUUUUAAAAGCAUGCACCUUAGUAAGGCUGGGACAGUGGUUUGAACUUCCGUGGACCCUUUACUGUGAGAAAUUUAUAAUAGUGAAAGUCUUCAUGUUCCAAUCUGGACUCUUCACUGAACCAACUGCCCCAGAUGUUUUGUGAAUAUAGGGGUCAUUUUCAUCUGAUGCUUUCAGCAAAGGAGAAAGUAGGGGGCUUGCUUUAACAUAUUUAGAACCUAGUGUAAGGAAGAAGGAUACAAGCCAGGAAAGAGUAAUAAUUGUCAUAUUUGGAAGCUCUAAUGGGGUACUGGCUUAGUCAGAAAGGCUGCUUUUAUUUCUGCUUUAGAGGGACAUCUUUUUCUGGUCACCAUGUCUAUCAGACGAUCUCCUUCAGGUCAGUGCAUCAAAAGCAUGCUUAUAUUAAAUGCCUCAUUUAUACAGUUAGGCUUAGACGAUGUCAGAAUGUUGCUUUUUUUUUUUUUUUACCCCCAGAACAAAAAUAGAUGCCUCAGGUGUGUUUUAUGGAUUAAUCAAAAGAGUUCAUGCCCCAGAACUUAGCCUUUCCCUGUGAAAUAUUAGCACACUCUAAUGCAUUCCCACUAGGGUUGUUCUAGACUAAGUAGAUAGAUCACCAUGUAUGCUAAUUAGUAUGUUUUUAGCUGUGACACAAUUGUAUGAUAAAAGGUGUAUGUUACCAGGUGAUAAUAACCCAGGAAUAACUCCCUAUUUAGCUUCUUAUGUUUUUGUACUUUGUCAUAUAUAUUCUUAAUAUGUAUAUAGCUGAUACAAUGCAUAUAAAAUUUCACAUAAUUAUUCAUAAACAUCAUAUGAAUAUUAACUAUUAAGCCAGGAAAACUUUUGAAUAAUGUAUUUCUUAUGUUAUAUUGCAAACCAAAAAAGUGUAAUCAGUUGAAUGAAAUUUGCCCAAAUCCAUGAAAUGAGCCUAUUACACAGAAUUGAUAUACCAAAAUUUAAGAUAUCUUGUCUUCAUUAUCUAUCGUGAAACAUUGUUACCUAAGCAAUAAAAGCCACUGUCAUAA